UCUGAUGCAUACUGUUGGAUAUGCCAUUGUGAUGGUUCCGGAGUCUGUUGUGAGCUAUGUCCAAGACUUUAUCAUAUCAAAUGUUUACCACAAAAUCCCUCAUCUGAAUCAUGGGUGUGCCUCGAAUGUCAGAAAAUCAUAAUGGCAGAAACUUUAGAAACAAGACCUUUGGCAAUGCAAUCUAUUUCUGUUGACACUUUGUGUAUUCUCUUGAAAUAUGUUCUUCAAAGAAUGAAACUUCCGGAGACAAAACCAUUUCAUCAACCCGUUGAUUGUGGUGCUGUUCCAUCUUAUACAGAUUAUGUGUUUCAUCCCAUGGAUUUUGCUACUAUCGACAAGAAUAUAAAAAAAAAGUUUUAUGGCUCUCCUGAAGCUUUUGUGGCUGAUUUUAAAUGGAUUUUACAUAAUUGUGUUGUCUUCAAUGGAAAAAACCAUUCUUUGACCACUGUUGCUAAAACUAUUGUAAAAAUGUGCUGUCAUGAGGUCAAUGAAUUAUUAAUAUGUCCUGAUUGUUAUCUAAAUUCCUGCAUAAAAGAUAGCGAUGAUUGGUUUUGUGAACCUUGUAGAAUACCACACACAUUGGUUUGGGCCAAGAUGAAGGGAUAUCCUUACUGGCCUGCAAAAGUUUUAAGAGAAGAUAACAAUGGUCAGGUCGAUGUUCGCUUUUUUGGGGAACAUGACAGGGCUUGGGUGCCGUUGAAUCAAGUCUUCCUGUUGUCUAUAAACCCUCCUAGCCUUGUACCUAAAAAAACCAAAGGUUAUGACGAAGCAAAAGUUGAAUUGAUCAGACACGUUCAGUUACUCAGGUUUGUUUUUUUAUUUAUUCAUCAUUAUUGUUGA